AUGAGCAAUACAAGUUAUAGCGUUCAUAAUCACAAGGGGAAAGGUGAAAGCUGUGAGAUUGGGAUUGAUGGAUUUGUGAUAGAGUUUAGUGGCCAGAGCUCUGAUUUGCCAAAAUUGAGUGGAACUCGCCUUCUAAUUGAUGGAAGGACUUGCUUGCUUCAGAAUGAUCACGAUCCAUCAAAGUUAAUUGGAGAGACUCCAUGCAAGCUUCUGAGAUAUUUGGUUGCAGACGACAGUCACAUUGAUGCAGACACACCAUAUGCUGAAGUUGAGGUCAUGAAGAUGUGUAUGCCUCUUCUCUCCCCUGCUUCUGGGAUUAUUCAUUUCAGAAUGGCUGAAGGUCAAGCCAUGCAGGCUGGUGAACUUAUAGCAAGGCUUGAUCUAGAUGAUCCUUCUGCUGUAAGAAAGGCAGAACCCUUCACUGGGAGCUUCCCAAUCCUGGGCCCUCCUACAACAAUUUCAGGUAAAGUUCAUCAGAAAUGUGCGGUAAGCUUAAAUGCUGCACGGAUGAUUCUUGCUGGCUACGAGCACAAUAUUGAUGAAGUUGUGCAAAGUUUGCUCAAUUGCCUUGACAGCCCUGAAUUACCUUUCCUUCAAUGGCAAGAAUGCUUUGCAGUUCUGGCAACCCGUCUUCCUAAAGAUCUAAGAAUUGAGUUGGAAGCUAAAUAUAAGGAAUUCGAGAUUAAUUCAAGCUCCCAAAAUAUUGAUUUCCCUGCCAAAUUAUUGAAGGGAAUUCUUGAAGAUCAUCUUUUCUCCUGUGCUGAUAAUGAAAAAGGAGCCUUAGAAAGACUAGUUGAACCUCUGAUGAGUCUUGUAAAGUCUUAUGAGGGUGGAAGAGAGAGCCAUGCCCAUAAAAUUGUACAAUCUCUUUUCGAAGAGUAUCUCUCAGUCGAAGAACUAUUUAGUGAUAAUAUACAGGCUGAUGUAAUUGAACGACUCCGUCUUCAAUACAAGAAAGAUUUGUUGAAGAUUGUAGAUAUUGUGCUCUCUCAUCAGGGUGUCAAGAGCAAAAAUAAGCUGAUACUGCGACUAAUGGAUAAACUGGUUUACCCUAAUCCUGCUGCCUAUAGGGAUCAAUUGAUCCGAUUCUCCCAACUCAAUCAUAUUAUUUAUUCUGAGUUGGCUCUUAAGGCUAGUCAACUUCUUGAACAAACUAAACUGAGUGAACUUCGAUCCAGCAUUGCACGAAGUCUUUCUGAACUAGAAAUGUUUACUGAGGAUGGUGAAAAUAUUGAUACUCCGAAGAGGAAGGGUGCCAUUAAUGACCGAAUGGAGGACCUUGUGAGCGCUCCUUUGGCAGUUGAAGAUGCUCUUGUGGGAUUAUUUGAUCACAGUGAUAACACCCUUCAAAGGAGGGUUGUGGAAACUUAUAUACGUAGGCUUUACCAGCCGUAUCUUGUCAAAGGCAGCAUCAGGAUGCAGUGGCACAUAUCUGGCCUUAUUGCUACGUGGGAGUUCUUAGAAGAAUACGUUGAACGGAAGAACGGGGUUGAAGACAAAACACUGGUGGAGAAACAUAGUGAGAAGAAAUGGGGAGUGAUGGUUGUAAUUAAAUCUCUUCAAUUUUUGCCAGCAAUUAUCAGUGCUGCAUUAAGGGAAGCAACCAAUAACUUUCACGAUGCACUUAAAAGUGGUUCUGUCGACUCAAAUAAGCACGGUAAUAUGAUGCAUAUUGGACUAGUGGGCAUCAACAACCAAAUGAGUUUACUUCAAGACAGUGGUGAUGAAGAUCAGGCUCAAGAAAGAAUCAAUAAGUUGGCCAAAAUACUCAGAGAGCAGGAAGUAGGGUCCAUAAUACAUGCUGCCGGUGUUGGAGAUAUUAGCUGUAUCAUACAGAGGGAUGAAGGGCGUGCUCCAAUGAGGCAUUCCUUCCACUGGUCAGCAGAAAAGCUAUAUUAUGAAGAGGAACCCUUGUUGCGGCAUCUGGAACCUCCGCUAUCCAUUUAUCUUGAAUUGGACAAACUUAAAGGCUAUGAGAAUAUAUGCUAUACACCAUCCUGUGAUCGUCAAUGGCACCUCUACACUGUUGUGGAUACCAAGCCACAACCAAUUCAAAGAAUGUUUCUUCGAACACUUCUCAGACAGCCAACCACAAAUGAAGGAUACUCUGCUUAUCAAAGGGUAGAUGCAGAAACGUCUCGUACCCAAUUGGACAUGUCCUUUACUUCAAGGAGCAUUUUUAGGUCCUUAAUGGGGGCAAUGGAGGAGUUGGAACUUAACUCACAUAAUACCACCGUCAAAUCUGAACAUGCUCAUAUGUACCUCUACGUCCUACGUGAGCAACAAGUAGAUGAUCUUGUCCACUAUUCCAAAAAAAUCAACAUAGAUGCCGGUCAAGAAGAAACAACAGUAGAGACAAUCUUGGAAGAACUGGCACAGGAAAUCCAUUCCUCUGUUGGUGUAAGAAUGCAUAGAUUAGGAGUUUUUGUAUGGGAAGUGAAGCUCUGGAUUACAGCAUGUGGACAGGCAAAUGGUGCUUGGAGGGUCAUUGUAAACAAUGUUACUGGUCAUACAUCCACUGUACAUAUAUAUCGAGAAAUGGAGGAUGCCACCACUCAUAAAGUGGUUUACAGUUCAGUCACAGUAAAGGGUCCACUGCAUGGUGUACCACUGAACGAAAACUAUCAACCUUUGGGAGUUAUUGACCGAAAACGUCUCGCAGCAAGAAAGAGUAGCACCACAUACUGCUAUGAUUUUCCCCUUGCGUUUCAAACAUCCUUGGAACAGUCAUGGUCAAUUCAACAGACAGGAGUUCAAAGAGCCAAAGAUAAGGAUCUCUUAAAAGUAACUGAGCUUAAAUUUUCAGAGAAAGAAGGUAGCUGGGGUACUUCUCUUGUUCCUGCAGAGUGUCCUCCUGGACUUAAUGAUGUUGGCAUGGUAGCCUGGUUGAUGGAAAUGUGUACUCCUGAAUUCCCAUCUGGAAGGACAAUAUUGGUUGUUUCGAACGACGUUACAUUCAAGGCUGGUUCUUUUGGCCCAAGGGAGGAUGCCUUCUUUAGAGCAGUAACUGAUCUUGCCUGUGCUAAGAAAAUACCUUUACAUAGAUAA